GUAAAACUUUUUUGCAACAAGCAAUAUAUAAGAACGCACCCGAGACGUAGUUAUUACAUUCUCACUUUGACAUUCGCAUUAUCAACAUGUCUGCUAAGUUCGUUGCCGUCCUCGCUUUGGCCGUCGCCGCCUCAGCCCUGCCCGUAGUCCCCGUUGGCAAAAUCACUUACGCGGACGCUCCCGCUCAGUACGACUUCCAGUACUCCGUCCACGAUGGUCAAAGCGGAGACGUGAAACAGCAGCAGGAGAACCGCGCCGGAGACGCCGUACACGGCUCCUACUCUCUGGUGCAGCCCGACGGUGUGCACCGCAUCGUAGAGUACACCGCUGACAAGGAGCACGGAUUCAUCGCCAAUGUCCGCUACGAGGGACACCCCAUCCAAGCGCCAGCACCCGCCAAGAUCGCGUACGCCGCUCCCGUCGCCAAGGUGACUUACGCCGCCCCCGUCGCCUACGCUGCUCCCGUCGCCAAGGUGGCCUACUCCGCACCUCUCACCCACGUGUCUUACUCUUCCCCCUCCAUCUCCUACCAGCACUAAAGUCACUAGUCGUUAUCUGUUGUCGUUGCUUAAGUUAUUUAUGUGAUAUAAAUAGUUACAAAUAAAUUAUUUGUUUAAGAUUUA